ACACGCCUGGGGGGUCUCCCUUCAAAUACCCAACUCUUUCCGUCUUCAUCCAUCUGUGCUUGCAUACAGCCAAGGCUCAGGAAACAAACAAGCUAGGGACCAUGGUGGCCAGCUUUUUGCUCAAGUUUCUUGAUCUCAUUUCUUUUGCUUUGUUUGGAGUACUCACAGCUUCAGUGGCCCAAGAUAAACAGCUAAAUUCAUCCAAGUUGGAAAUGUUUGUGGAUGAGCUUCCACAUCUGCCCAAAAUCCAUGGCUUCGAUGUUGUUUCAGGCGUUCCCCAAUCCAAGUCCCUGGUUAUCGGCAUGUUCAAGAAGGAAUGGAAAUUCCAUAGAGAUCUCCCUCCAACACCAGUUUACGCCUACGGCGUAUCCGAAGACUUGGCUACAGUUCCUGGUCCAACAAUCGAGGCCCUCAAGGGAAUCGAUAUCCACGUGACAUGGCAAAAUCACCUCCCUCCAAAGCACAUACUGCCGUGGGACCCAACCAUCCCGACUGCCAUUCCAGCCAAUAAGCUGGGCAUUCCUACUGUGGUCCAUCUCCACGGUGGCGUCGUGGAGCCCGAGAGUGAUGGAUUCGCAAACUCAUGGUUCACCCUUGGAUUCCAAGAGAAGGGACCCACGUGGACCAAACAAACGUGUCAUUACCACAACCAACAACAACCUGGAAACCUAUGGUAUCAUGAUCAUGCCAUGGGAUUGACAAGAAUCAACAUCCUAGCUGGCUUGCUUGGGGCCUACAUCAUCCGCCACCCGCAGUCGGAGGCCCACCUUGGACUCCCCACCGGCGAUGAGCUCGAUCGACUGUUGAUCGUUUUUGACCGUAGCUUUCGAACCGAUGGUUCCAUAUACAUGAAUUGCACGGGAGAUAAUCCCUCCCUACACCCCCACUGGCGACCGGAAUAUUUCGGUAAUGCUAUCAUCGUGAACGGAAAAGCCUGGCCACGUGUAACAGUACGACGUCGUAAGCAUCGGUUUCGUAUCCUAAAUGCUAGCAAUGCCAGAUACUUUAGGUUCUUCUUUACCAAUGGUCUGCAGUUCACCCACGUGGGAUCUGACUCGGUGUAUCUCAAUAAACCAGUGGUAACCAAUGAGAUUCUGCUGGCCCCAUCUGAGAUAGCUGACGUGGUUGUUGACUUUUCAGAAUCAAAGACCAAUACUGCUAUUCUAGCGAACGAUGCACCAUAUCCUUAUCCGGAUGGGAGCCCGGUCAACGAAGUCGACAGCAAGGUCAUCAAGUUUUUCAUCCUGAAGCAUCGUGAGAUUGACAGGUGGAGAGUUCCAAAGACGUUGAUGCAAUACCCACGUCCUGAUUUAUCUAGUGCAUCGCGCACACGGUAUAUAACUAUGUACGAGUACAUGAGCACCACGGGCAAGUCAACUCAUCUAUACUUGAAUGGAAAGUCAUUCGAGGCACCAGUCGAGGAGACCCCAAAAGUGGGGAGCACGGAAGUGUGGAACGUGAUCAAUUUAACAGGGGACAAUCACCCGUUGCACAUUCAUAUGGGGCUCUUUGUGGCGUUGGACCAGAUUGAGUUGGUGAAUGCGGAAGAGUUCAGGAAAUGCAUGAUGAGAAUGAACGAUGCGAUCAAGUGCCAAAUAAGCAAGUAUGCACGUGGGAAAAGAGUAGAGGUGCCAGCUCACGAGAAGGGAUGGAAGAACGUGUUCAAGAUCAAACCUGAAUUCGUGACAAAAAUUUUAGUGAGAUUUUCAUACAUACACUCAAAUGAGUCAUAUCCGUUUGAUGCAACUGCAGAGCCAGGCUACGUGUACCAUUGCCAUAUCUUGGAUCAUGAAGACAACGAGAUGAUGAGGCCCCUAAAGUUCAUUGAGUAAAGAAGCUGGGCCAAGAGGAAAGAUGCAAGCUAGAAUACUGAAGAAGGUGGUUUUCAAUCUGAAUACUGCAUGCUUUUACUGCUAAGUAAUUUAAAGUGUGUAUAUGUCUGUGAAUUUUAAAUUUGUUGUCCUCUUCUUAUAUAUGCAUGCAUGAUAAUUACUAAUUUUCUCAUCCACAAGAGAAUUGGAAUAAUCAAGAAAUUAAGAUUGGUGGAUACGUGACUCAGAAACUACAAAUAUUGUAUAAUGUUUUGCUUGAUCAAAAAUAAAUGAGUUUGCAGA